AUGUAUACCUGUUUCUCCUAUCAAGAUAUUCGACUGGGUCAAAGACAAACGCUUCGAAAACUCAACAAGGCACAACCGCAGGGAGACAGGGGAAAGCGCCGGGAUUCGGGACAGACUAACAAGUGUGGGGCGGGUUUGCUUCUCCUGUGGAGUUUCCCAAGGUCACGGUCUCGGGCGGGGGCAGCCGCGGGCGGGGAGCGGCAGCGCUCCGGGACGGGAGAAGCGCUCGGGGCCAGCGGGGCCGGACCGCCGGGGAAACCCGGGAGGAGCGGCGGGGCUCGGCCGGGCCAGCGGGGCCGGACCGCCGGGGAAACCCGGGAGGAGCUCCCUCCCGGCCUCCUCGGGCUCGCACCGCGCUGUCCCCGCACCGGGCUGUCCCGCACCGAACUGCCCCAGUACCGGGCUGCCCCAGGUACCGGGCUGUCCCAGUACCGGGCUGUCCUGUACCGGGCUGUCCCAGUGCCGGGCUGUCCCAGUACCGGGCUGUCCCCAGUACCGGGCUGUCCCAGUGCCGGGCUGUCCCAGUACCGGGCUGUCCCCGCACCGGGCUAUCCCCAGUACCGGGCUGUCCCAGUACCGGGCUAUCCCCAGGUACCGGGCUGCCCCAGGUACCGGGCUGCUCCAGUACCGGGCUGCUCCAGUACCGGGCUGUCCCCAGUACCGGGCUGUCCUGUACCGGGCUGUCCCCGCACCGGGCUGUCCCGCACCGGGCUGUCCCAGUACCGGGCUAUCCCAGUACCGGGCUGUCCCCAGUACCGGGCUGUCCCGCACCGGGCUGUCCCCAGUACCGGGCUGUCCCCAGUACCGGGCUGUCCCAGUACCGGGCUGUCCCCAGUACCGGGCUAUCCCAGUACCGGGCUGUCCCCAGUACCGGGCUGUCCCCGUACCGGGCUGUCCCGCAUCGGGCUGUCCCAGUACCGGGCUUUCCCCAGUACCGGGCUGCCCCAGUACCGGGCUGUCCUGUACCGGACUGUCCUGUACCGGGCUGUCUCUGCACCGGGCUGUCCCCGCACCGGGCUGUCCCCAGUACCGGGCUGCCCCAGUACCGGGCUGUCCUGUACCGGGCUGUCCCCGCACCGGGCUGUCCCCAGUACCGGGCUGUCCCAGUACCGGGCUGUCCCAGUAUCGGGCUAUCCCAGUACCGGGCUGUCCCAGUACCGGUCUGCCCCAAUACCGGGCUGUCCCCAGUACCGGGCUGUCCCCAGUACCGGUCUGCCCCAAUACUGGGCUGUCCCCAGGUACCGGGCUGUCCCCAGUACCGGUCUGCCCCAAUACCGGGCUGUCCCCAGUACCGGGCUGUCCCAGUACCGGUCUGCCCCAAUACCGGGCUGUCCCCAGUACCGGGCUGUCCCCAGUACCGGGCUGUCCCAGUACCGGUCUGCCCCAAUACCGGGCUGUCCCCAGUACCGGGCUGUCCCAGUACCGGUCUGCCCCAAUACCGAGCUGUCCCCAGUACCGGGCUGUCCCCAGUACCGGGCUGUCCUGCACCGGGCUGCCCGGCAGGGCUUCAGGCCCUUCCCUCCGGGUGCCAGAUCCACCAUCGCUCCCCGGCCUGGGCCGCUGUCACACUGUGAGUCCGCGCCGCCGAACAAGGGCUGCGCCGGCAAGGCCGGCCCUGCUCCCCGGGGAGCUGCCACCGGCAUCCCGGCUCUCUUGUCCCUCUCCUCUCCCUCUCCCCGCGGCGCAGGGUGA